AUGCCAGUAACCUUUUCACCCACAUCCCUGCCCGCUGAAUCCUUCCCUCUAACCGUCGCGUCUACACCGCUCUCCCCAUCAUCCCUCCUCGCCUCCGCCUGCCCCCAACAAUCCCGCCUCUGUGCCUCCCUCCUCCAAUCCUCACUCCCAGCCGAGUCCCACAACACCAUUCCAAAACGAAACGGUCUCGUCCACACCAUAGUCGAAGCAUACAACAGACACAGACACCUCCGCCUCCGCCCAGAUGACAUCUGGACCGCCAUCCUCACUCAAUUCAAUUUCUUCGUCAACAGGCGGAGUGAGCAGCUCCGGUCUCAGUUCGUUGCCCACAAGGGGAAGAAGGAGCUUGUUGUACAUGCACAGGGGAAUCGGUAUACUGUCAAUUUCGGUGCCAUGGCGAAGGAUAUGACGCGGGAGUUGGAGAGGAACAUUGUAGAUCCCUCUUUGCGUGCGUGGAUCCUCCCGAAAUUCAGCACGACGACUACGACGGACACGAUUGUUGCGUCGGUCAUUAUGAUGUCGAGCAUGAAGAAAUAUUUCGACUUCAAGUUCAGCAUUAUGUGCGGACUGCCGAGCGUCACACUCGAAGGCGAGCGGGAGGAUUGGGAAGAUAUCUUGCGGAGGGUUGAAAAAUUGAAAGAAUAUGGGGUGGAGGCGAUAGGGUGGUAUCACCUGCUACGCCCCGUAUUGGCGCAGUUCGUGGCGGCGUUUGAUAACCCGACAAGUAGGGAGAAUAAAGAGUUUUGGGGGAAGGUGUGCCAUCGCGAGGGAGGUGGGAGCGGCCCUACCUAUCUUGGCGGAUGGGUAACAGCGUUUUGCGCAUUUGAUGAAGACGGGAAGUGGCUUGGACACAACUUCAAAGGAAUCUUGGAGGCGGCAUCAUUGGAAGGACCAGACCCUACCUCGCUAUCGGCAUCUGAUUUUUUUGCCACCUACACUCAUGACUCAAAGGCUUGGAGUCAAGGCGAUGCAUUCCUAACUCUAUCCGGCACACGAUAUCACCUUGUUGACACGAACGACAUCCCAGCAGGAUGCACGGGUGUGGAUGUCCUCGUUGACGACAACGGGGAAGAGAUUCCGUGCAUGAUGACUGCGGGCUUAUUUGGGACGGAAAUCUCUGGUGAUGUAGAAGGGAAGAGGGACACGGUGAGGCCAGUUUCGGGGUGGUGGAUGUUUGAGAAGGCAGCUGAAGGCGAGGGGAAGAUUGAUUGAAACGGGUUAGCACUGGCACUUUCAGCAAGUGUAGAUUUCGAGUGGUAACCGGUAAAUCUUGACGCUAGAAAGUGAAACGUGUCUUGGUAUGUUGGCUAGUACUACUAAUAAAUCCUGAUUGCUUUCAAAGAGUUU